CCCGGGGCGCGCCCUCCUGGGCCCCGCGCCCUCCGGGCUCGCAGGGACUCCCUCCUCCCCACCCCCCCACCCCGGCUCGCGGCCCCGCCCGGCCCGGCCCCCGCCCCGCGCCCGAGCGCGUCGAGGAUGUGAGUCCUGCUCGCCUCUGCCCGAGCAGCAGCCACUCGCGCGCCGAGCCCGAGCGCAGCGCAGCGCAGCCGCGGGCGCUCGCCGGGUCUCUGGCGCGGGCGCCGCGAUCUCGCCCUAGCGGGGUCCCCACCCCUCCCCGAUCUGCCGCCCGGCGCUAGCGCCGCAGCCCCGCGGGCCGUCCCCGGCCGGCCGCCCACCGGCCCCAGCGCCGCUGACCCUGUCCGCCGCGGGCGGGGACGCAGGCGGAGGAGGCGCCGCUGCGGAGCCCCCGGACGCGACCAUGUCGGAGGUGCUGCCCUACGGCGACGAGAAGCUGAGCCCCUACGGCGACGGCGGCGACGUGGGCCAGAUCUUCUCGUGCCGCCUGCAGGACACCAACAACUUCUUUGGCGCGGGGCAGAGCAAGCGGCCGCCCAAGCUGGGCCAGAUCGGCCGGAGCAAGCGUGUGGUUAUUGAAGAUGAUCGGAUUGAUGACGUGCUGAAAAACAUGACCGACAAGGCGCCUCCGGCUGUCUAACUCCCCGAAGACCCGGAGAGCGAGGAAGGAGUAAGCGACGAGAACAGUUACUGGCAAAAAGCAUGAGGAAGGAAAGCACUUUGAAAUUUAUGACUAGCUUGCUUCCACCAUGAAAUCAACAACCCGCAUCUCCUGUCAGGCGGGGAGACAGAUGAGGCAGGAGGAGGCUGCGGCGGCGGCAGAGGAGGCUCCCGGCUUCUCUGCAAAAAUAAAAAAGUAAAAAAAAAAAAAAAAAGUAAAAAAAAAAAAGUUAAAAAAAAAUCACUAUAUACACACAUAUAAAGAAAUUAAAAAGAAGUCUCAGUUGCAGCUAUUUGUCGAUAUGAAUAUCCAUUUCUUUUUAUAUCUGGUGAAUAUUGCGCAAUUCCCCGGGUUUGGAGCCACUUCCUGAAGCGGGUGUUCUGAGGUGUUGGCAUUCUUUGCUGAUUUGGCUGUUCCCGAUGUUUACAUUAUUUAAUCUUGCAAAAAUGAUUCUGUGCACUUGGACCUGAAAUGCUGUUUUGUUUUUUUUUUUAAAUCCUCGGAUGUACACAGAACAUCAGAAACUCGUCUCUAGAGAGAGUUAUUAUCUUUUGAGGUUAUUAGGAAUAUGUGUGAAGCAAGAAGAUAACUUGUAAGGGAUGAGCCGGAGGAAGGAUCCUGGUUCUGCUUCCAAAGCAAGUGUAAAGCUUGUGUUGGUUGUAGCAAGCCCUUUGCCCAGGUUAAUGCAAAUGGACACAUUUUAUAUGUCAGAAGGGGAAAAAAAAAAAAAAAACCACGAGAAAAAAAAAAUGCUUGAGCUUUUUUCCUGAACCCUCCUAGCCGGCUGUUGUGUGAGCAGCCUGAUUUUUUCUCUCUAAUAUUGUGUCAGUUUAUUCUCUUUAAUGGACUGUAAAAAUGUAAUCACAAGAGUGCCAAAUAUCUGGAAAUGCCUCGAAGCGUUUUGGUUUCGUUUCUCCCCCCUGUGCUCUGCGUCCACGUAAAGGAAUGCUGGGAGUGUCUUUUCUGUUAUUUAGAGGGAUUCCCUUAAGGCACACCAGCUGCCUGUUUUGCAUGGUAUUUGCAAAAAAAAAAAAAAAUGCCUCUUGCGUGAGGAAAUCUUCAAGCAUUUUUUUGUUUGCAACUUUGGCCCUCAGGAGGUUCCCCGUCCCUUUCUGGUUCCCUCUUUUUCUGAAUUGGAUAUUCUGUCUGUUGCACCUUGAACCAGCACACAGGGCCAUCUCUGAUGUGUAAUAAAAGAAUGUUCCUGUGUC